AUGGCGUAUGACCGCUAUGUUGCCAUCUGCAAUCCACUGAACUAUGUGACAGAAAUGAACAGGGAAGCCUGCAUAAAAAUGGUCACCUGCGCAUGGAUCUUUGGGUUUUUCGAUGCAACACUGAACACUGCUUGCACAUUUGCCAUCACUUUCUGCUCCAAUAGCAUCAACCAGUUCUUCUGUGAAAUCCCACAGCUCCUGAAGCUUUCCUGCUCCAACUCCUACGAUGUUGAACUUGGAGCUCUUGCCUUUACUAUAUAUUUAAAUCUUGGAGGAAAAUCAAGCAUUUCCUGCCUACAGCAGCUACCGCCCAUUCUGACUGAGGAGACUCCACUGAGGUAUAUGAACAGUAGAGCAAAGACCAAUGACAUUUUUGAUUUGGGGUUAUGCAUCCUCUAUCAGAAAAUGUUCAAUGAGACUUUUUUCCUUCUUCUGGGAUUCUCUGAUAUCCGGGAACUGCAAAUCCUACAUUUUGUGGUGUUCCUUCUGAUUUAUUUGACAACAGUAAUGGGGAACCUCCUCAUAAUCAUACUUGUAACCUUCAACCAUCAACUUCACACUCCUAUGUACUUCUUUUUGAUGAAUUUAUCCAUGGCAGACAUUGGCAACAUCUCAGUCAACAUCCCCAAAGCCAUGAGCAAUUCCAUCAUGAACACCAGGUUGAUUUCAUAUCCAGAAUGUGUUUCCCAAGUCUUUUUUCUCAUCUUCUUUGCAAUGACUGACCUUUUACUCCUCACAUUCAUGGCGUAUGACCGAUACAUUGCCAUAUGCAAUCCACUACGGUAUGAGACAAUGAUGAACAGGGGAGCUUGCAUCCAAAUGGCAGCCAGUGCAUGGAUCACUGGCAUAUCCUGUGCUGUGUUACACACUGGGGGCACCUUUUCCAUAACCUUCUGCUCCAAUGUCAUUAACCAGUUUUUCUGUGAAAUACCACAUCUGCUCAAACUCUCCUGCAAUGGCAAUUUUUUGGCAGAAGAUGGCGUCAAUGUAUUUGCAGCAUGUGUAGCUUUUGGUUGCUUUAUCUUCAUAAUGUUUUCUUAUGUACAGAUCGUCACAAGUGUACUGAGAAUCCCCUCCAUUCAGGGAAGGAAGAAAGCACUGUCUACUUGCUUGCCCCAUCUCAUUGUUGUCUCCUUGUUUAUCGGCACUGGCACCCUUGCUUAUUUGUGCCCAACUAGCGAGGCCCCCAAAGAUCUGAUUAUGUUGAUUUCUGUUCUAUAUUCCAUGUUGCCACCUAUGAUGAAUCCAAUUAUCUAUAGCAUGAGAAAUAAAGAGAUUAGAUCUGCCAUGUCCAAAUGUUUUGGAAGGAAUUUAUGCUCCAAGCAGCAAAUGAAAUUCAUUCUUAAGUAA